UGACGGCCAGAGUUUGGUUCCCGCCAUUUUUUGACAUUUUAACAUAACCUGAAUACAGUAAAUUGUUUUUUUGUUUCUUAUUAUAAGUAUUUCGUAAAAUCAUGGUUCAAAAAGAACCGGGACCAAAUCUUCCCUGGGUAGAAAAAUAUCGGCCCAGCACCCUAGACGAUUUAGUAUCGCAUGAGGAAAUUAUCAGAACAAUUAGCAAGUUUAUAAAAGAAGACCAACUGCCUCAUUUGCUUUUCUAUGGCCCUCCUGGAACAGGAAAAACUAGCACCAUUUUGGCCUGCGCCAAACAACUGUACACAAAAACUCAAUUUGGGUCUAUGGUCCUCGAAUUAAAUGCUUCUGAUGAUAGGGGCAUAGGUAUUGUAAGAGGUCAGAUUCUAACUUUUGCAAGCACAAGGACUAUAUUCAAGUCUGGGUUUAAAUUAAUCAUUCUUGAUGAAGCUGAUGCAAUGACCAUGGAUGCCCAGAAUGCCUUACGUCGAAUUAUAGAAAAGUACACUGAAAACAUUCGUUUUUGUAUUAUCUGCAAUUAUUUAAGUAAAAUUAUACCGGCUUUGCAGUCUCGAUGCACGAGGUUCCGUUUUGGGCCUCUUUCAAAGGACCAAAUUAUCCCUAGACUGAAUUAUGUUAUAGAUGAGGAAAGGGUGAAAAUAACAGAGGAUGGAAAGCAGGCUCUUCUGACUCUAGCCAGUGGUGAUAUGAGAAAAGUUUUAAAUGUUCUUCAAAGCACUUGGUUGGCUUACAAAAAUGUUACUGAAGAUAUGGUGUACACUUGCGUUGGACAUCCACUAAGGAGUGAUAUAGAAAACAUUUUUCGAUGGCUGUUGAAUGAAGAUAUCAAAACCACUUACAAAAACAUUCAAGACCUGAAAACCCUUAAAGGAUUGGCUCUUAACGAUAUCAUUACUGAAAUUCACAAGCUGGUACACAGAACUGAGUUUCCGUCUGAAACUUCUAUUAGACUUUUAGACAAAAUGGCAGAAAUUGAAUAUAGGCUGUGCUUAGGGGCGAAUGAAAAUAUUCAACUGACAGGCCUUAUUUCUGCCUUUCAGUUUGUGAAACACAUAAAACCUCCAGAAUAG